AUGGGUGACAUCUCUGCUACCAUGAUCAAGAGCGAACCCGACGAGCCCAAUAACCCACAUCAGUUCAUGAUGUCGCCCUCCGCCUACGGCAUCCCGACCCCCUCCUACGGGAACCAGUUCGGCGGCUCAGGCACGGGCACUGGAGCGAACGGAAGCGAGGGCAUCGACCCUUCUGAGCUCACGAUGCAGCAGAACGGCUUCGUCUCGCAUCACCAUCCCUUUGGAUCCCAGAACCUGUCGUCCAGCUUCACCCUGGGCAACGCGGGGAUCGACACGGACGAGCUGCUCGAUCUCGAGAUCAACGGCCAGAACCUCUCGAGGGACGACGGCAUGGACCAGCGUCAGCCAACGGCCAUAUCCAUGAGCCACCAGGGCCAGAUGUCGCAUAUCUACUCCAACACUCCGGACGGUGCUCCCAUCCAGAGCCCCUUCUUACGCUCCUCUUUCAACUACGACCAGUUCCGCCAGGUUCAGCACACUCCGCAGGCUACCUCGCCGCACAUGAACGCCAUGAACGUCCACUUUGACCAGAAUUACUCUGUUGCGGGAAAGGCCCGUAACUCGUUCCAGGGCGAUGCCAGGAGUCCAGUCACCCCCAAGACGCCUGGUAUCGGAAUCGGCGGCCUCAAUAUCAACACUCCCGAUUCGGGAAGCUAUUCCUCUCAACCCAUCCGGGCCGUCAGCUUACAGUCCCAGCACCAAAAGACAAUGUCUGGUCAGUGGAACGGCACCCCAGGUUCGGCUCAGUCACUCAUGGAGUCGCCCAUCUCUUCACCGGGCGGCCACGGCCACGCCUCCCACCACGCCAACAUCCACGAAAUGCUCAAGUCUGCCAAACACGCCUCCCUACCGGCCAAGGUAGACUCCAUCCACGGCCACCACCAUUCAACAUCCUCCCAGUCCCUGGAAUCACAAGAAGCCAAACGCCGUCGUCGUCGAGCAUCACAUAACAUGGUCGAGCGCAGACGACGUGAUAACAUCAACGAACGAAUCCAAGACCUCUCCCACCUAGUCCCGCAGCAUCGUCUUGAAGAUGAAAAAGUGCGAAAACAACUAGUCAACAAUUCUGCCCUCUCGACCUCUGCCGGUGCCAACGCCUCCUCUCCACCAAACCAUAACCCUGCCACCUCUCUGCUCGCUGGUCCUUCAGCCCGGCGCGCAACGGCAGGAAACAUAACCAUGGGACUACCCAUAGAGGAGAAAGAAAAGGGUCCUAAUAAAGGCGACAUCCUCAACGGUGCCGUUGGCUGGACCCGCGAUCUCAUGUGGGCUCUGCACAGGAAACUGGAACAAGAAGAUCAACUUGCUGAAUACAUUGCUUCGUUGGGCGGUCAGUGGCCCUUUGAACAGACCGAGGAAGACCGACGGAUGAGAACCGAGGUGUUUGACGCCAUGGACCUCAACGAUGGCAGUAACUUUUCAUACUCCCGCGGCGUCGGCAGUGGGCUCCGUGUACCGAAACAUACCAACAUUUCAGGCGAGUCCAUCACCCAGGGCAGCCCUUCGCAGGACCAACAGGGCCAGUCCCAGAGCCAAAGCCAGGGAGCGGGAUCAGGCAACAGCCCCGGCUUCAACGGGUCACAGUUCUGGAAUAGUUCAGGACAUAUUGGUUUGAGCGUUAAGGAAGAAGACGAAUAUGCCAUGGAGAUAUAA